UCAUUUCUGGGAUUUAAUCUUUUUUUCCUUGUGUUUGUUGUGAGAAAUUAUGCAAAUUGAGAGGAUGGUUUCUAUGUCUUCAAGGACUGGGAGGGACUUGCAGAGGUAUAAUGUUCAAGGUUGUCGCCAAGUUGUAGGAUGCAUACCAUACAGAUACAAGAAAGAUUACCAUUCACCUUCAGUUCAUGAUUUGGAGUUUCUUUUGGUUAGCUCACAGAAAAGUCCGAGGUUGAUGUUCCCUAAGGGUGGUUGGGAGCAAGAUGAGUCCUUGGAAGAAGCAGCUUCUCGUGAAACAUUUGAGGAAGCUGGGGUUUUAGGAGAAGCAGAGAGUUGUUUAGGAACAUGGUACUUUAAGAGCAAAAGCAUAGAUGCAUUUCAUGAGGGGUUCAUGCUGCCAUUGUUUGUCACUGAGGAGCUCGACGAUUGGCCUGAGAGAGAUGUCCGCCUUCGAUUAUGGGUGUCAUAUGAGGAAGCAAUGGAACGAUGCUUUCAUCCGUGGAUGAAGGAGGCUCUAGAUGUUUUCGUUUCCCAGCUCACCCUUCGACAAGAAGGUGAAAAACACCAGGGAAACGCCAUGGAAACCGAGGAAACAUUGGCAAUCGAGGAACAAAUAAUAGUCGAGAGCUUGUCUCGGGGCGUGCAGACUAGUGAAGAAGAAAUGGUAACAAGUGAGGAGCCUAGAAUAGACAAUAUUGUUUCUCAUCAGAGUAUGCAAAACAAGGAAGACAAAUCUUUAGGGACAGUUUACUGCAUAGAAGUGGUGGCGACCGAAGAACAGAAGGUAGAAGAGCGGCCAUGGAAUGCCUUACUGAUGAUCGAAAUCACCAUUGGGUUUGUAGAAAGGAAGAACUGCGAGACACUUCUCGUCGAUGGGGUUAUUCAAGAGGAGCCAAGAAUGGGGAUUAUUAUAGCAUAAACAACUAUAGAGGAAGCUAAUUGUUGGAUAGUUAAAGAUGAAAAUCGGUUUGGAUAGUGAGUCAACUAUCCAAAAUGGUUUUCUUGGUUUGAAUCAGUCGAAAAAAAAUUUGUGUGGAUGGUUAAAAGAUGAAGAUAAUGGAGUAGAAAGAGAAGAAAAAUAUCUGCCUUUAGGAAUUGCAGUUCAUGUGUAUGUGUAGAGAGAAUUAGGGUUGGGGGAGAAGUUGUACAAACUUUUGUUACUUGAUUAUUCUUUUAUUCAUUACAAUGAACCAUUGACCAUUCUUUCACAA